CUUAAACGGACAAUGGAAAAGCCUCGUGGUUUUAGUGUGUCUUGUACAAUACAAUUUCUGUUCUACUAGAAUUUACCGCGCAGUUGAAAAAGAUGCAAGUGUCUAAAUUCUUCAAUUCAAUCAACUUUACUUGCCUGGAACAUUCCAUUUCAACUGCUAUUGUUCUUUGUCACUGAAUCCUCUGUUACGAUCUGGUCUCGAAAGUCCAAAGAAAAAGAAGAAAACGUCGAGAGCGAGACGACCGCGGCUUCCAGGAAACCAACGACGAACUGACGUGGAGAGAAGAAGAGAGGAAGAAAAAGGAGAGGCAUGAGAGUAGAGAGUGGAGCGAGGAGAGCUACGGAGGUUAAGCCCGGAUCUUUAGCAAAUUGUAUGGCGAGUGAGGGAUUUUAAAGGUGUUAUUCUUGUUCCCUAUUACUUUAAUCCAGCUGUGUCCGUAAAUCAACGGAAUAAAAUCAAGGACAACAUUGUCAGUGAUGAAUGCUCAAGAAGUUGGUAUUAUUCAAUAUGUUUCAAAUGGAAAAGGGUUUUCGGCUGUUUGGAAAUCCUCAGAUUUUCAGGUCAAUGAAAUCAGUUUGGAUGGAAAAGAAAUCCACUUAACUGAUAGAACACUGCCAGAUAUUAUGGUUUUUCCAAAAAAAAAUAUCAAAGAGUUUCCUUCUCCAUAUGAACAAAAUCAACUUUUAACUGCUGAUCAAUGGAAUGAAAUUGAUGGAAUGAUAAAGAAUGAACUGCCUCUAACGAUUAAAAUUGAUGUUUGUGGCAAAAGAAAAGACGAGCGACAGAGUCUAGCCAGGGUUCUAUCCGUGAAAUAUGAAGGGCUUAGCUUCAAAACUGUCUGUAACGUUCUACAAAUCUCCAAGCGUGAAAAUGUAAGGCCAAGAAUUCGGGAACCUCCGCCUUCUACCUUGUAUACACAGUUUGUUUUGUACAAGGAAAAUCUUAGCACGGCGACAGCCCUAGCGAAAUUGUAUCGUAGCAGAAAACCAAGCUUAAGGCCAAAAUUUUGGACUGCCGGCGACCUACCAAAAAGAGCAAACACAAGUCAGCUGGUAACUGCAUUCGACUGGAGUCCUCUACAUGUUGCAAGUGGCUUGCGAUCAAAUGUUAUUAUUGGGAACUACAAAUUUACCGAUAAACCACUUGUGCCAGGUCAUCGCAUUGGCAGCCAUUACACGAUUGCGCUCCGGCAGGUGAUGGGAGAUGCCAGUGUAAUCAAAGCAAAUUUGGAGUCGUUGAAAAUAAACGGCUUCAUUAAUUAUUAUGAUGUCGAAUGUUUUGGAAGGAGCCGUGAAGCACCUUUGCAUUUAAUUGGCAAAUGCUUACUUAAAAAGAACUGGCAGGAAGUCAUCAAUCUUAUGUUAGAACCCUCUGCUAUUGAUCCGGGUGAUGUAACUGGCGAGGAGUAUGCAGCACUUGUGAAAUACAAAGUAUCGAGGAAUGCUUGGCUGGCCUUAGAAAAUGUACCGUCCGGGGAAAGUACCUCAAUCGAGUGUAAACUCCUCUAUGAUAUGAAGAACCGAAGAAAGAACGUCAACCGCCUGAUUAGAUCCAUUCCACGCAGCAAGCUACGUAUUUACGUACGUGCCUAUUUGCGUUUUCUAUGGAACAUGAUUGCGUCAGAACGUAUUGCCAAAUUUGGUUUGGAGCCAAUAAUAGGAGACUUGGUCUACGCUUAUCACCCAGAAAAUGGCAGUACAGAAAAGUCUCAGCGAAAAAUUAUUUUGCUUGACGAAGGCAAUAUUCGAAAUUACACCAUCAGUGAUGUUAUGCUACCACUCCCGGGGAUUGAUGGCACUUACCCGCUUAACGAAGUAGCAAAUUACAAUACCAACUUUUUACUGAAGGAUGGAUUGUUGGAGAGCGAUUUGAAACGUGCCGUCAAGGAUUACAGCGUCGACGUCGAAUACCGACCCGUCGUGGCGAAGCCCUUCGACAUUGUUUGGUACUUUAUACGUUAUAGUAAUCCCUCGGAGACACUAGUUUGGUCGGACAUGGAUCGGAUGAGGAAAAAGGAAAAGCCUAAUCUUAUUGAAAAUGGUGCUUUCCUUGGACUAGUGAUCGAAUUCGACCUACUUUCUUCAGUGUAUGCUACGAUGGCCCUGAGGGAAAUCACGAAAAUGGAUACGAUUUUCGAUUUCGUGACACCAAAUGUGCCCGGUAACGAAACAUUAAAGGCAGAUUUGAUUUCAAGAGAUCGUAAGUCCUCCGCGGAACCCAAGGCUAAGCGAAUCAAGUUAAUGGAUACAGUUGAAAAAUCCAUACCAGGCGUCUAGGCUCGUGUUCACCUGAGAAUUCAAACGUCAGCAUUUGAUCUUCUAAAAGAAUUCGAUUAAUUUCAAUUCAGUUGGCUUUCAUGGUACAUAUAGAAGUAAUCGUUUCUCAUUUGCUGUUUCGGUCCAAAACGGCUUGUUCAUUUUUGCAUUCGUUUUAGAGAAUAUAUCUAUAGUUUUUCUUUUUCA